CCAAGUGUUUUCUGUGCUUACCUCUGAUUCUAAUGGCAUUUAUCUAUUAACAUUACCAUUACAUAUGUGAUCUCUGAACCCCCGCCCCCGCUCCCGACUUCCACAGGUUAUCACAUGCUUCAGCAUCGCAGUCAUGGCACGUCAGUUUGUGGGCUUCGCUGUGGUGGCCCUGCUGGUGGAGCUCAACUCUGUGUUCCUGCACCUGCGGCAGCUGCUGCGCAUGUCCGGCUGGGCUGCCUCGGGGACCCUGUACCAACUCAACAGUGUGCUGAACCUGGGCACCUUUGUGGCGUUCCGCAUCAGUACGCUGGCCUGGAUGACGCACUGGCUGGCUCUGAACCGCGAGCGGGUGUCGCUGCCUUGCUUCGCAGCCGGGAGUGUGGGCCUCUCGCUCAUCAUGGUGAUGAACGCCAUGAUAUUUUAUCGGCUACUGCGCAGCGACUUCCUCGCGGCUAGCCGAGAAGGAGGGAGGAAGGAUGAGUGAAGGUGUCACCGGUGUCACCUCCAACCCCCCACCCCCACCCCAGUGAAAACCUCAUCCCAACACAUUACAAUCACAAGGGCAACUCAGACUGUAACUCAAUACACUGCCUACCUCUUUGUCCUGUUAUUAAUAGUAAACAUUGCAAG